UCGUUCGUAUCAUCGGGAAUCGAGCAACAAUGGCAUUUGCUUAAAAACAUUUGCAUUUGCAUUUGGUUGAAUGUCUGAGAGGCAAGCAACACUGUUGUAUUUGAACGCUUCUGCACAGCCAAAGGCACCUACGCACACCCAUACGUACACAAGCAGACAGUGUUGAUGAUGUUAACGAACGAAUCGUGUUAUUGUCUGAGGGCUUUUGUCUUUUUGUUACUUUCCAUAUGUUGUUUGGAGGUCGGCAGUGCAGAUGUGCAAACCAGCUUACCUGGCACGCUAAAGUUUGCACAUGUGAUUUACAGACAUGGCGACCGAAUGCCUGUUGACCCGUAUCCUACAGAUCCUUGGAAUGAUAGGAAAUACUGGCCUACGGGCUGGGGGCAGUUGACUAAUCGCGGCAAGUUGCAGCAUUAUCAGCUAGGCAAAUGGCUCAGGAGUAGGUACAGCUCAUUGUUGGACACGAAGUUCGACAAUGAACAGAUUUUUGUGCAGUCCACUGAUGUGGAUCGAACACUAAUGAGUGCGGAGUCCAAUUUGGCUGGCCUAUACGAGCCCGUUGGCGACGAUGUGUGGAAUGCGCAAAUCAAAUGGCAGCCGAUUCCGGUGCAUACAAUACCCGAGAAGGAAGAUGCGAUGUUAGCUGCCAAGGCGCCCUGUCCCGCUUUUGACUACUAUUUGGAAACGUUUAAGAACUCCGAUCAGUUCCAAUCUCUGUUGGCGCGCUACAAGAAACUCUUUUACUACUUGUCAAGUAAUAGCGGCCGAGUUGUCAAAUCAUUCAUAGAUGCCCAAUAUCUUAACAACACGUUAUUCAUCGAAACACUAUACAACAAGACUUUGCCAGUGUGGGCGCAAAAGGUUUACGGCAGCCCCGAACUGACUUAUGCCUCCAAUUUUGCCUUCUCGAUCAAUACGCAUACGCGACAGCUGGCGCGCCUGACGGCCGGACCUCUGCUUAAGGAUGUACUUAGUCGUUUGGAGACCAAGUAUAAGAGGCAGUUGAAACCGGAUCGGAAUGUGUUUAUUUAUAGUGCACACGACACGACAGUUGCCAACUUGUUGAAUACCCUCAAACUAUUCCAGCUGCACAGUCCGCCUUACACAGCGUGCAUACUAUUUGAAUUGCGCGUGGAUGAUAACGAUGCUCCCUUCGUAUCGGUAUUCUAUAAGAACACAACGGCGGAACCGCUGCCUUUGGAUAUACCCGGAUGUGGUGUAUCCUGUCCGUUGGUGAAAAUGUUUCAGUUAUACGAUGAUGUUUUGCCCGAGAACUGGGCGGAUGAAUGCAAGCGGUCGACACUGACUAUGACGUACGAGGAGGCUAAUCUGGGCGCUGCAACAGGCAUUCUCAUAGGAAUUAUUGCCAUCCUGCUCCUCGUUAGCUACGGACUGAUGAUAUACUAUCGCCGCAGAGACUACAAGGUGCACAAUUCCUACGCCCAAAUGGCGUAGAUACGACCUAC